AUGUCAGCGGGUCACGGACUAAACAUGCUACAUGCUCCAGACAGCACGGAGGCAAUUGUUGAUAUCAUUGCUGUCCACGGACUGGGCCCUCAGGCAUCAUCGUGGUUGCUGUCGGUGUCCCGCGACCUUCCGGAGGCUAGGCUUUUCGCCUACGGCUACGACUUCGAGCUCCAAGGCAUUGGCCUUGUGGAAGAACAGGGGAUUCAUCUGCUUGAAGCCCUUUCGCAAACGCGAAGUGCCGACAAUACAUCUGACCGCCCACUGGUCUUUAUCGCUCACAGUCUGGGUGGUCUCAUUGUGAAGCAGGCAUUAAUCUGCUCACAAGCACGUGUGGAUAGUACCAGUUGGCCGGCAAGCAACCUCACUCGACUCAUCAAAGGCAUAGUCUUCGUUGGUACCCCUCAUUGCGUCAACGACCGUACCGACCGAGCUAUCUGGAAGUUCCUCCAGCUCUGUGCCAGCGGUGCCAAUCUGGCUACCGUCGAAAAAAGACUGCACGACAUUCUACCACCUCUUCAGUCGAUCUCUACGAAGUUCAAGGACUACCUGAACACAGCACCAAAUCAAAUCAAAUUGGUCUCGUUCUUUGAAGAACCCGACACUCUUGGUUUUGCUGAUAACAGUCCAAGUCUCUCUGAUACAAAAAUGACCCACGUUGUCCUGAAGGAAGACGCCGUCUUGGAAGGGUUUGACUGCGUUCCAAUACGGGGAGAUCAUACGAGUAUCUGGAAAUCUCUCUCUUCCAAUUCCGUCAAUUAUCGUCGCAUCCUCGCAGCACUCAAAGUUCUGACAAUUCCCUUCUCUCGCCAUGGCUCGAAACUACCUGAAAACCAUGAUGCUGAUGCUGGGGCACUCUUCCAGCUCGAAGACGGCCGCCAACGCAUUGCUUCUCCAGCAGACGGCACCUUGUCUUGGCUUGGUAAGAAUUCGGUCUUCGAAAGGUGGGCUCAGAACGACGACACGGGCUUUCUCUGGAUUCGGGGAAAAGCAGGUUCUGGAAAGUCGACGCUGAUGAAAUAUAUGUUGGACCGUGGAAAUUACCCGGUCGCCGCCAAAACUCCAGUUCUCACACUGUCUUACUUCUUUGACCCCUUCAAGGGCAGGACCAAACUAUCAGCGUCUGACUUCUAUCGAGCUUUGUUGUAUCAGCUUUGGGAGCAAGCCAGGCAUCUUCCGUGUGAGCACGACAUUUUAGCUUCAACCGAAUUGCAUUUCACUAGUCAGUUACGAGGGAAUCGGGCCAACGAACCCUCUUUGCUAGCCGAACAGCUCAACCUUCUGCUAUUUGACAUCAGUGAAAAUCAUCCAGUCUAUAUCUUCAUUGAUGCACUGGACGAGUGUGCAAAAAAUGAAGUCGUAAGUAUCCUAGAGUUCUUACGCCAAGCGCUAGGGAGAGCACCAACGCGACAUCUUCGCAUCUGCGUCUCCUCCAGAAAUACGCUCUCUUGCAGUACAGAAGACGCGAGUGUUUUCGUUGACCAAGAGAACAAAGAGGAUAUUGUCAGUUUUACUGAAACUCAGAUCCAAAUCAGAGCCGCAAAAUAUGGCGAUUCACUUUUACAUCUCAAGGAUGAAGUUCUCAAUAUCAUUCUUGAGAAGGCUGACGGAAUGUUUUUAUGGGUUUCUCUGGCCAUCCACAUCAUCUACAACGAAACUAGGAAUAGUGCAGACAUUCUACGUGUUCUCAGAAGCUUACCCACUGAUCUGAACAGUGUAUACCGGCGGAUUCUCGAAAACAUCCAAGAAGAAAAGCCCCAAGUUCAGCUUCAGAUUUCUCGAACACUGUCUUGGGUGCUUUUCGCGAGCCGUCCUCUCUCGGUUCAAGAGCUUGCUGCAGCGCUUUCACCUGUAUAUCGUGAACGUUCCGAAAUCCAUCAAAUCCACCAUUUGGAAGAACACGUCUCCUUCGACUCAAUUCCCAACUUCACCAGCGUCUUGACUGAGCGUACUUGGGGACUUGUCAAAACUGUGUACAGCAAAUAUGACCACAUCUCUGAAUGCUGGUCAAAAACAGAUCAUACGACGGUUCAUUUGUUGCACUCGAGCGUGAAAGACUUCCUAUCCACAUCUCAAUUCCUGAUGAUGCAUUCGAGCCAGAAGUCAGCUGCGAACGCUGCAGCCGUUCAAAACUUGCAAUUUGCUCGCCUUUGUCUCAAUUACUGUGCCAAGUCCGUGGAGGCAUUCGAACAACCCCACGCUGAUGGACAAGACUUGAACGCUGUCUUUCCAUUAUUGGGCUAUUCUUCAACAUUCUGGCUCAAGCACCUACAGAUUGCGAACGGAGCUGGUAUUUCAGAGGAAGUCUGGGCAGAUAUUUUCCCCCUUCCUUCAGAGAAAUUACUCCAUUCUUGGUCUCGAGCAUUGGUAUUGGUAGGGAAAGAUGCGCGACUCUACCAAUCAUCGUCCAUCUUACAUGUUGCAGCAUAUUACAAUCUGUCAAGGCUGGUCCGCAUGUGGGCACGGAACAUGGAAAAAGAGCUGAAAACCCGUCGCUCUGCUGAUAAAAUUCAGGACCUAACAGGGGAGGCAUCACCACGGAUUGACCUCUUCAAAGAACCCUCAAAUCUAAACCAAUUGCUCAAUCAGACUGACACAGAAGGGAGAACAGCACUGUCGCUUGCGUCUGAGACCGGCGGCCUGGAAGUCUGUAAAUUGCUGGUCGAUUAUGGUGCAGAUCUACAUAUCGUCGACCGAAAGUACGGAUAUUCGCCAUUAAUGUGGGCAGUCGCGGCUGGCAAUAUGCCAACGAUGAGCCUCCUCCUCAACUCCGGAGCUGAUGUGAACGACCUUCGAAGCGGGAUCAGUCCACUUUGUCUUGCCGCCACAGCAGGAAACGUAGCAGUCGUGCGACUCUUACUGGACCAUGGCGCAAUGAUGGACUCUGAGGGUCCAACAUCUGACAGGCCUCCGACUUCAUCCGGGUUUCAAGAUAAGGUCUACGUCCAUUCUGAGCUUCCUAUCCACGGCAGGAUGAUGUCAGUUGCUGGAUAUCUGAAUCUCGGCCCUUUACACUAUGCGAUACUGGGGUCCAACCUUUCCACGAUUGGUUUGCUCCUCAUGAAAGGCGCAGAAGCCGCGUUUGGCUACGCGGAUGCGCUAUCUCGAUAUCGAUUCUUGUGGCUUAAUCGUAUAAUACUGAGCAUGCGUCAAGACCCAAAAAUGGUGGACUGUACAAUAUUGCAACAAUGUCACGGCUCCAAUGGUCGAGGAAGUAAUUCAACGAGGCGUAAUGGCUCAAACUCGACUCGUGGCUCUCAUACAGACAGUCCUAUGAAGAGAAAGCUGGUUUCCGACGGGUCUCAGGACCAUGCCGACGGCCACGACGAUAACGAUAGCGACGACGACGACGACGCGGGGCGGCCCCCGCCAAACAAAAGACCGAAUCUCUCUUUCCGGGACGACAUACCAACAAACAAGAAGCCGCCACUAACUUACGCUUGCCCUUACUUCAAAUACGCUCCAAACCGUUACGGAUGCCAAAAGGCGUGUAGCGCUCAUGGCUGGCGAGAUGUGAGUCGUCUCAAGCAGCACCUGCACGAAAAACAUUAUAUCCACCUCUGUGACAGAUGCGGUGAGAGAUUUGAGGGUAAUGAACAGAGGCAAGAGCACCGCAGAGCUCAGGAAGCAUGCCCCUCUGUCCCUACCGAGCAGCGACAGCGAGAUUUUGCGGACGGUUUCGACGACGAUCAAAAAAAGAAACUGCAUGAUAAAACGAUGAAGAAAAACCAGGCCAACAACAACGAGAAGACCUAUUGGGAAGAGGUUUACAAAACUUGUUUUCCCGAUGCGAUUGGUCGGCAAAUCCCUUCACCAUAUUUCGAGGAAGCGGCGGAUGCACGAUACAAUAUGUUCUUGAUGGACACACUGCGUCGCUCUCCUUCAGCACGUAGCCUGAUAGAAGGAUAUUUUGACUCAGAGGUGGCAGCACGGUUCUUGAACGACUUGACGGAUUUCAUUACAGAGAUUCAUACCCAGUUUCAAACGGCCGGCGGGUCCGGCACUCAGUUCCAACAAGGGAUGUUCCCUGCGAUCACCCAAAAUGCACCUCGCCCAGCUCCAAUGACGCAUCAACAGCCAGAUCCACGGCAAGCAAGUAUCAGGCCUCACUCUACCCCUUCUGGAAAUCCUGUGGAAGCGGACUUUAGAGAUGACUCUGCUUUUUACUCACAAGACCAGGAGUUCUAUUCUAUGCCACAGGAUCCAGAAAUGCAGCAAGAUGCCCAGAUGUCACUAUUAAGUCCAAUAGAAGAAACAAUCUUGCCACAAUCCACGUUUCCAGCUCAGCCUCCCUGGUCAUCUUACAGCGGUCAAUCACCUCCGUGGCUAUUCGAAUACCCCAACACGAAUCCUAACAGAUAUCCCUAUUGUGUCAUUUCCCGGGGAAAUAACGAAGGGAGAGCUCACAAUCCGAGUCUAAAUGACUAUCAAUUCCAUCAAACAUAUGAUAACAUGCGGCGAUAA